CUCCACACACACACACACACACACACACACACGAACAGGAGCUGAGCAGCACGACACGCUCAGGUCGGGAUAUACACAGUCAUGCUUUUACGCGUGGUUUCCCUCUGAGAUAUUUCUCAUAAUUUUCUUUGUACAGGAAUAUUACUGUCCCUAAGGGUUAAGGAAAUAACUGACCAGCAUAUUUCAUUCUUUCCAUUCUUUUCUCCAAGAUGUUCAGAGCUCCACUCAUCACCGUCUGUGUUGGAUUCCUUCUUAUUUUUAGCAGCAAGGCUAAGCCAAAUGGAAAAGACAAGAAAGUGAAACAAGUUGUGCCAGAUAUAGAAUGCAAUGUGCGUGCAGGGAAGGUCAACUUCCCAGAAUUCAUUGUUCGGUGUCCCUCCAGUUGCCGUGAGACCAAGGAAAAGGUUUAUGGGACAGGUGUCUUUGCCUCCAUAUCCAGCAUCUGCAAUGCUGCUAUUCACAAUGGGGUGAUUACGAAUUCUGGAGGGAAGGUGAUUGUAAAGAAGAUGGCAGGACAAGAGCAGUAUAAAGGCAGUUUUGCAUAUGGCAUCCGCUCACUGUCGCUUCCCACCUGGAGAGAGUCUUUCACUGUCUCAGUGGGCAAACCAAAAAAAGGUGUGAUCUACCCAUCUACCUUGGAAUAUACUGCUACAAAAUCUUCCACAGUGAUAACAAGUCAGACAGCAGCUCCGGAGCCAACGACAACCACACUCGCGCCAACCACUACGACCACGAUGGCACCUCCAACCACUUUUACCACAACUACGACCACCACUGCCACCACCAAGCCACAGGAAAGAUAUAAAGGUACAGAUAUAGGCAACAAUCACCCAUACCUGGCCUCAGUGGCUGCAGAAGCUGGUGCACGACAGAUACAGAAUGUCCAAGCAAAGGCUCUUUCUCAAGCAUUCAGAGGUGGCUCGGCUUUUGCAGGUAGAUUCUCACCUCGUAUCAAUCCAGGUCCACACAGACCAGGGUCAGGUCCCAAUAUUAGGAGACAGCCAUCAGCUCCUGCUAACUCAGCUUUCAGUCGGGUCCAGCCGGAGAGGAACCAGCAUACUGUCCACACCAAUCCUGCGCUUGCUCGGAGAAAAUUGACACAUCCUGCCCACGCUCAACCCGAUUGGUUUCCUGGUCCAAGGAGACCAACAGAUAUUAGUAACUCUGAGCCAGACACGGGCUAUACGUGGAGCAACAGGGACAGUGUUGAUUCACCAGCUCCAGACCUAAGAGCAGAUAUUUCAGAGUAUGAGCGCUGGUAUUAUAACUACGGACCGACUUCUCCUCGUCCAGCAGAUACAGAGAGUGCUCCCAGGAACCUCCCCGAAACCCCCCACACGAGAGUGGAGCCGGUGGAAGUGUGGAAGCCAGAAGGGAACCCUUUUGAUUUAGACUCCUCACCCAGAAUUCCAGCUGUUCAGGGAGACUCAAACUGUAAAGUUGACAUUGCCUUCCUCAUGGAUGGCAGCUGGAGCAUCGGAAAGCGUCGUUUUAAGAUCCAGAAAGAUUUCCUGGCUGAGGUUUCCCAAGUCAUGAAUGUAGGCAUGAAUGGCCCAAUGAUGGGGAUCAUCCAGUACGGGGAUGAGCCAGUGACAGAGUUCGGUUUGCGCCAGUUCUCCAGCUCUAAAGACCUCAAACCUGCCAUUGACAAGAUUACUCAGAAAGGCGGAUUUUCCAAUGUGGGGAAAGCCCUCUCUUACAUCAACAAGCAUUUCUUCAGUGAUGCUAAUGGAAACCGAGGUGGGGCACCCAAUGUUGCUGUGGUGCUGGUGGAUGGCUGGCCUACAGACAAAGUGGAGGAGGCUUCAAGACUGGCAAGGGAAUCUGGCAUCAACAUCUUUUUUGUGACCAUUGAGGGCCCAGAUGAUAGCGAAAAGCACAAUGUGGUUGAGGCCAAUUUUGUGGACAAGGCUGUGUGCAGGACCAACGGCUUCUUCUCUCUGCCAGUGAGCAGCUGGUUUGCUCUGCGUAAGGCAGCACAGCCUCUGGUGAAACGUGUGUGUGACACAGACCGGCUCGUGUGCAGUAAGACAUGCCUGAAUGCCAAUGACAUUGCCUUCGUCAUUGACGGCUCAAGCAGCGUAGGUACCGGCAACUUCCGUACGGUGCUGCAGUUCGUGGCCAACGUGACUCGAGAGUUCGAGAUCUCUGACACGGAUACACGCAUUGGUGCUGUGCAGUACACUUAUGAGCAGCGACUCGAGUUUGCCUUUGGCCAGCAUAACACCAAGGCUGAUGUCCUAAAUGCCAUUCGUCGCAUUAAUUACUGGAGUGGUGGAACAAGUACGGGUGCUGCCAUCACUUAUGCUGCUGAGAAGCUCUUCAGCAAGUCCAAGCCGAACAAGCGUAAGAUCAUGAUUGUCAUUACGGACGGGCGCUCCUACGAUGAUGUACGUGCACCUGCUCUGGCAGUGCAUCGCUCAGGUGUGAUUGCCUACUCCAUCGGCAUUGCCUGGGCUGCACAGGAUGAGCUCGAAUACAUUGCCACAGACCCAGACAAAGAUCACUCCUUCUUUGUGGAUGAGUUCGACAACCUUUACAAGUAUGUGCCGAAGAUCAUACACAACAUCUGCCACGAGUUUAACUCUCAACCACGGAACUAAGCCAGACAUGGACUUAACGGGUUUGGAUCAUCUAGAAGCCUGAAUUCUACCAGAUGUAAUGUAUGAUGAUGCCUGCAGUAGGUUUAUACACCCAUAAGGCCUUAUUAUUGUCAUUAUUAAGAGAAGAUUUGGACGGGUUCCAGUGUUUUUUGGAGCUUUUUAUAGCACAGAGAUUUGGCACAGGGCUUGAAUAGCAAGCUUUGAUGUUAAAGUAUAUAUUUUGAAUGAAUCCGUGCAUCAACGAAGUUGUCUAGAUGCGAAGGGGUGUGAGAACUUGGUUGCUGGAUGAUAACAUAUCAUAGAUUAUAUAUUUAAAUAACAUGGUACUAAUAUAACUACUACACCUCUACGAUAAAGGUAUACAACAAAAGAUUUUCUAGCUUUAUAUACAUAGAGAAAAAUGCUAGAUAUUUCCUGCAAACAAUUCGCCUAAGUACAAGUUUCUUGUAAUAAAUUUGGUACAAUGAUAAGAUCUAAGGUUUAAAAUGUAAGUAUGGGUUUUUGAAAGUUUUUGUAUUUUUGUAUUAUGCGUGGCUCUUUCACAUGUUCUUGUGGUCAGUGCAGCUGGAUUAAAAAAACGUAAUGCAUGUUAAAGCGGAGCUGCAGCACAUCAACCCAGUUUCGACUAAAAUCAAUUUUCGGUUGCGAGAAGAAUGAUGAAUUCUAACAUUUCUCAGUUUAUCUGUGUGAACGUACAUUUCUCAACCUUGCAAUUCAAGCAUACCAUAUAAUUUUUGUUAUAUUUCAACUAAAGAUGUUUCAUUUUUAAACUUCUGUAAUAUUUGUUUUAUUUGUACAUAUGCAUAUUAAAAUGAACCCAUAGCUUUCGACUAUGUAAGUGGCAAAAAUUCUUAUUUUAAUGCAGUUUUUAAUAAAAGAUGAUAUUGAUUCAA